AAACAUUAGAAGAAGAAGAAGAAGAGCAUGAAAGAGUUGAGUUCUGUCCUCGGAUAAGGUGAAUCUAUCAAAAUCAUGUCCGCUAAUAGGAGGAUAACGCUCAUAUUUGGAGGCUUCAUUGCAGCUGUUGCGGUGGCUUUUUAUCCGAUAUUUUUCCAUCCUCUCACUCACACUGAAGACUACAAGCAGAUCCAGAGGAUAAAUCGAGCCGGAGUCAAUCAAGCAGAUGUGCAGCCUGCUGGUCUGAAGAUCUGGUCUGAUCCCUUCAAGCCAAAAUCAUGAUUCCAGUGUGUGGAUGAAAACUGAAUGAAUGAACAUGAGGAUUGUGUCACUCACUGAGGAUUGAGUAUUUGAGAUACACACACAUCAACUCUUUGCUACCAUGCAUUAAAUGAGACUUUAAGGAUGUAUGGAUCUUCUGAGUAUGUAUAUUUUCUGUUGGAAUAUGAUUGAAACUAGAAUGACCGAAUAACUGUAAAUAAUUCAAAUAAAGUGAAAAUGAAAACUU